UGAAUCUUUGUCUAAAUGCUAAAUAAAUAUUUAAAACAAAUUUUAAGCUAUGAUUAUUUAGGUUUGAAUGCAGGUUCUAUUUCAAGUGAUGAAUGUGGCAAUGAGGACCAAAAACCUUCGUCUGAAGAUGGCUCUGUGUUGCUUGUACCUUCUAAUUCAAGUUUGAAUGCAGGUUCUAUUUCAAGUGAUGAAGGCAAUGAGGACCAAAAACCUUCGUCUGAAGAUGGCUCUGUGUUGCCUGUACCUUCUAAUUCAAGCCUUGAUGACAAUCCUUUUGAUGACCUUGAUGACUCUUCUGAUGAUGAACUAGAGAACGUACAGGACUACAUGGGAUCGUCUGGAAGUAUGGACCUUGAUCAAUUUUUUCGGAGCCCUUUUGAUAAUGAUUUCAAUGUUGACCUUGAUUCUGACGAGGAACAGGAAGCUGUGCAAGGAGCUGCUGAGAAUUAUGACUUAGAGUUAGGUAUGGAUGUUAUUAAAUUUCGAGAUGAACUUAGAAAGUGGGCCCAGGAGUGUCUAAUCCCCCAUUCUCAUAUAGACAAACUUCUAAAAAUAUUGAAGAAAGAUGCCAAAAUAGAAGCUAUACCUGUAACAGCCAGAACACUGUUGGGCACAGCGAAUGAUUUCCUGAUUGAAUCCAUAUCUGGAGUUGAUUUGCAUCAGUUUGAUGUCAAGAACCAAAUUUGUAGAGUUAUUGAAAGGUAAAUAUUUUGUAUUUUC